AUGGAACACCAGGAGGAUCAACGAAUCACGGAAACCAUCGAGAGCAUUUUGUUGCUUCUUCAGAGGGUACCGGGAGCUCGGACUAAGCUGAUUCGCGCCCUGGCCCUGUCGGGGACGCAGGAUGGACAGGAAGGGGGUUUACUCCAGCAUUUAGAUAAUACACAAAGUUAUGAGGAAAUGAAAAAUAGAGAAUCUUUAAGCGGACAGAGAGACUCCAAUAUUGAUCUUCUGUUUGCUUCUGGCAGCGUUGCUGGCAACAUUGAUUAUCAACAAUUAGGAGAAUCUUAUGACAGCGAUCACGUCCCCAUCGGUUUCUUCGUGGAUAUCAAUACACGUAUUUAUAGAAAAUUGUCAAAUAAAACAUCUUCUAAGAAGACGGAUUGGUCACAAUAUCGGGAAAUUGUUGAGAAGGAGAUUGAUUGCUUACUGGUGCCUGCCCUGCCUAUGUUCAGAGAUGAUUUUGAAAGGUAUUAUCAGGAUUUUAUUGCUACCCUGAAGACGGCUGUUUUCCGGGCUUCUGGCAGACGCGGGGAUCCGGAUCGUUCUACCCCGAAUGACCCGCGGAAAAUAAAAAGAUCUCACAAGUGGAAUAAAUGGCAAACCAAGGAUAGAGAAUCGGAAAUCAGGAAGACUAUUGAUGGCCUGGCCCCACCAUAUGUGGGCACCAACCCGUUAGUUGAGCCGGAAUACUUGUGUACGGAUGAGGAGCUUGACGCGCCGUUUAUACGAUCAGAAUUGGAUAGAGCAAUUAGAAUGGUCAAGAGGGACUCUGCCCCUGGUAUGGAUGGUGUGGAGUAUCAAAUGCUCAGGCUUCUACCUGAAUCGGGUAGGGCUUGCCUUUUGGAAUUGUUCAAUAUUGUAUGGUCUACUGGUGUCCUUCCUACGGACUGGUCCUGCUACCAAGUAAUUUUUAUUGACAAAGCUGGUAAGGAGAAAGUGCGGCCAAUAUCGUUGUCAUCUUGUGUAGGAAAACUCAUGGAGCGGAUGAUUAAUGAAAGGUUGAUUUGGUGGACCGAGAAAGAAGGCAAAUUUAGUAUGUCUCAGAAUGGUUUUAGAAGGGGGAGGUCUUGCGCUGAUAAUUUGGCGAGAAUUACAUCGGAUAUCCGUGCUGCAUUGAGUGCGAGGGAGUACACCCUGGCUGCCUUCCUUGAUGUAUCAUCGGCAUAUGACAGUGUGGAGUUUCGUAUUAUGCUGGAUGGGCUGAUGGCGCUUGGCUGUCCUGUGGGCAUUGUCAAUUUCGUUCGAAAUUGGCUAUACCGAAGAAAAGUAAGAUUUAUUGUUAACUCCGGUGAACACAUAGAUCGCUUCGUAUUCAGGGGCCUCCCGCAAGGCGCCGUGCUUAGUCCGGCCUUGUAUUCGCUCUUUACUCGGACUCUCUAUGACGCUCUCCCGGAGGGUGUUGAGAUGGUGGAAUUCGCGGACGACAUUGGUAUGUACGUCUCGGGACAUGAUCGCCAGCGCAAUCGCCUUCUGCUGGAACAAGCAGUCAACAUCAUUGCUGUGACUUUGGGACGGAUCGGUCUGGACCUGGAACCUAAGAAGACUGUCCUGGUCGAAUUUAAUAGGAACGGGUAUGUGGACAAAAAUAUGACCAUCAACAUUCAAGGAUGCAGGGUAUGUAACAGUGACGGCGCCAAAUUUCUCGGCAUUUGGUUGGAUAAUAGUCUUAAAUUUAAUCGUCAAGUUCAGGAGGUCAGAGGAAAGGUCAAUCGAGCUAACUCCGUUAUGAGAUACUUGUGCAGGGUGGCUAAGGGCAUGGAGGUCAACACGGCACUCAUGCUCUAUAAAAGCUUGGUGAGAUCUAUUACUGAUUAUGGAAUCUUCGUCUAUUUCCCUAGGGACUCUGCAACCCAGAUUAGGUUGGAGAGAACACAAUAUAUGGGCAUCCGGACCGCGCUGGGUUACAGGAACAGCACUCCCAAUAACGUCUUGAUAGCUGAGGCUAAAGUGAUGCUACUUAGAGACAGAGCCAUCAUGUUGGGCAGUAACUUCGUGACCAGGGCUAUUGCUUAUAAUAAGAAUGGUCUGUGUGAUAAAUUGCAGCGUUUAUUGGAUCGAGAAAGCUAUUGUCGUUUCCGUCAGCCGACUUAUAAAUUCUCCAUGUUAGCAGAAAUCUGGAAGAAGCUAAGAUUUAGAACUAGCAUUGGAAGGAGUAGACAGUUUGAAAUCUUUCAGGGCCCUUAUAUGGCACAUACUUUUGAACCACGUGUGGAUUUAUUGACUGGUGAGUCGAGGAAACGCGAGCGGUACCCGGAUGAGUUACUUAUUCAUAAGAUCAUUGAAAGACACGAUGUAGAUACAGAUUUGGAGAUAAUCUACACAGAUGGCUCUUAUGAGGAAUCAUGUCGAUCAACUGGUGCCAGUAUGGUUAUCGAAGAUCAGGAUACUGCUUUUAAGAUGAGUCUUCCGGGAACGUGUUCGUCAUACACGGCUGAAGUGUUUGCUAUCAAAUCGGCUCUUCAACUUAUGAUCCAACAACAUCCACAUAGAAAGAGGAACAUCAUCAUUAUGUCUGAUUGUAAGUCGGCCCUGCAGGCCAUUCAAAACAAUCAUAUUAAUGUACAUAAAAAUAGAUAUGUCACGGAGGCCAGACGAUACAUAUAUGAUCUCGAGGCUAUUUUUGAUAAAAGAAUUAUAUUGGUCUGGAUCCCAGCACACGUGGGCAUCGCGGGUAAUGAACAGGCGGACGCUCUAGCAAGAGAGGCUGCUUCGGAGGAGGCUGAUCGGACGAUCGAGGUGCCGGUGGGCGACUUUAGGAGACAGGAUAGGAGGGAGGCAUGGAAUGCCAUACAGGUGUCGAUCGUCCGCGAUGCGGCGCACAAGGGAAUUUUUUACUUUGAUCACUUCUAUGAUGAUGGUGCCACUAAACCGUGGUUCCACAAAAUUAACGCGGAAAGAUAUUUUGUGACGUUGUUCAAUCGAUUGAGAGCGAAUCAUUUUAACUUGGGUUCUUCAUUGAAGAGAAAGGGAUAUGUAGAUAGCGAAAGAUGUGAUUGCGGAUACGAGAGAGAAGAUUUAUAUUAUGUGUUAUUAACAUGCCAUAAAUAUGAUGAUUAUAGAAUUGAGAUGGACAAAGAAUUGAGAGAUGCGAACUAUUUGGAGAAUAUUGGAUCUAAUGCGUAUUAUUAA